AUGUCAGCAACUUAAACUUAACAUUUGAUUUUUGGGUCAACUUGGCCCCAGGAAAAUAUGAUCAUCAAGUACUGUUCUUUACAAUAGAGUUUUUAGAAAGUUCCUAUCAACACUGCAUUAAAGAUCAACAAUUGGUCAUGUGCCAUUCCUUACAAGGAUAAUGAGAUUCUAAUAACAGGUGGAUUGGGAAAUACCAAUAAAAUAAUCUCAAAUGAUGUCUAUCUAUUUAAUACACAAACUAAUUAGUUAAGCCAAUUUAGUUAAUUCACCCAAUCUAGAUAUGUUCAUCAAUGUGUAAGUCACAAUGAUAAGGUAUAUGUACUGGGAGGAAGACAAUAUGGCCCAGAUUUCGAGAGUGUUCUAUCACAUUGUGAAGUCUAUGAAGGAGGUGUGUGGAAGACCAUUUCCCCCAUGACCAAGAGAAGAUCUAAUUUCGGAGUAUUCAUCUACAAUGAUCAAAUAUAUUGCAUCGGAGGAUUCGAUGGAAAAAAAAAUACAAAGUCUAUCGAAUACUAUGAUGAAGUCAAAAACAUUUGGGUUAGGAGUAAAAUAAGGAUGCCGAGAGGAUUGGCAGGAUUUCACUUGAUCCCAUUGGAAAAUGAAAAAAUAAUGAUUGUUGGAGGAAUGACAUUAUAAGGACCAUCCUAAGCUUGCAUAGUCUUAAACCUGAAGAAUAAUACAUGUGUCUCAUACUCAUAAUUGAAUUAAAUUCGAUCUCUAUUUCAUAUGUUCAGAGAUGAAUUUGGUAAUUAUAUUGUAUAUGGUGGAAUGAAUAAACAAAACACUUUUGAAUUAUUCAAUUAUGAGAACAAAAUCUGGGAGGAGUUUCUGAUAAAUAUGGAUGAAAAUGUUCAAGAAAUCUUGAAUUAGAAUUUGAGAGGAAUGUCCUCUGUUUAGUAGGUUUGUAGAGUAGAAAACUACUAAUAACUUAUGUAAUAAAAAUAAGAAUUACAACUCUAACCAGAUGAUGUAGUUUUUAUGUUUGGAAACGAUGAGUAUCCAUUUAUACUCCCACUUCCUAAAUAACCAACUGAAAAUUUGAAUCCCUUGGAAGUUCCAACAUAAUUAUGUAUGUAUUCAUACAUGAGUGUCUGCUCAAUUGAUGCAGAAUUGCCAAAUUGCAGAUAAAUUCUCUUGGCAGGUGGCAUUGAUUCUAAAAUAUCAUAAAUUAAUAAGAAGGCCUAUUUAGUUACUAUAAUAUUCCCAGAAAUGAAGGUGAAGGUCAAGAAAGUUGGAAAGUUGAGUUAUCAUAGAUAUGCAGCCUCUUGUGUUUACAAUGCUCCAUAUGUCUAUUUCAUAGGAGGAAGAGGAUAUUAGAAUGAUGUAUUAUCACUACACAGUACUGUGGAGAGAUUCAAUAUUGAUGAGGAGGAAUGGGACUAAAUUGCUCCCUUGAAUGAGGCAAAAUGCUCAAUGACUGCUAAUGUAAUUGGAGAGAAAAUCUAUGUCUUUGGAGGAUACGUUGGUGAAGGACAAAUUUCACAUAAGAUAGAAUGUUACAAUGAACAAUCAUAGGAAUGGGAUGUAUUGAAUAUUGAAUUGCCAUUCUCAUUAGAAGGGUUAUCGUCCAUAGUUAUAGAUGAUUAAGACUUAUUCAUCUUUGGAGGCAAAGGAUUUGAUGGUAGCAAGAAAGAAAUCAUACGAUUCAAUCUAGAUGAUUUAGAAUCGAACCAGAAUGUGUCAGGACAAAUAGUGGGAACACUUUAACAUUCUAGAUCAUUGCCUAAACCAAUUUUACUGGAUGAUAAAAACGUCUUAAUUAUUGGAGGUUAUUUCUUUGACAAUCCUGAAAUCAACUUUGGAGAGAUGUUUAACUUAGAUAAUCCUGAAGAUUCCAACAAUGAAUAUGCCAAUCAAAUAGAAUUAGCAAUCAUCUAGAUGGGAGCCAACGAUUCUAUCAACUUAUUCAGCAUAACUAAUUGA